AUGACGAUAAUGUGCUGGAAAUGUCGGGGACUUGGGAACCCUGCGAUAGUUCGGGAGCUUAGGAGAAUGAUCUCCGAAAAGGACUCAAUGUUGGUUUUUGUUUCUGAAACAAAGUUGCGGAAAAAUAAAACGGAGGCUAUUAGAUUGGCUACAAAGAUGUUUGGCUUUUUUUCAGUAGAAAGAUUGGAACAUUGUGUAGGAUUAAUGAUGCUUUGGAAGGAGGGUUUAGAUGUUUCGCUCCAGAGUUUCUCUAAUCUUCAUAUUGAUGUGGAGGUUUUUUGGAAGGAGAAAAAAUUUCGAUUUACGGGGUUUUAUGGGCGCUGUGGGUGGUCGGAUAAAAAGCAUAACUGGGAGAUGAUUUCUCGUUUGGCCUCUACCUCUUCUCUUCCUUGGUGCUUGGGAGGUGAUUUUAAUGAAAUUAUUCAUGCAGACGAGAAGAGAGGAGGAAGGAAAUCGGUGAGGGUUCAUAUGGAGGAGUUCCAACGAUGUAUUCGUGAUGCCGAUGUGUGGGACAUUAGACCUAGGAGUAGGUGGUUUUCUUGGGCUAGUGGUACCCGCGCUAAGACGUUUGUGCGCGAGAGAAUUGAUAGAUAUGUUGCGAAGAUUGAUUGGAGGCUUUUGUUCCCGGAGUGUUUUGUGGACACGGUCCCGAUGGCAUCGUCCGAUGAUUUGACGAUAUUGUUGAGUUUGGAGGGCGCUACUACGAUCAGCUCUCCUAGGAGGGAUUACUUCAAAUUUGACGCGUGUUGGGCUAAUGAAGAUCAAUGCAGGGAUAUUUGCAUCGGGUUUGGGAGAACAACGAAGAUUCUUUCUCUGUCAAAGUAG